AUGGCUGACCUUGAAACAAUAUCAAGCAAUGCGCCCUCUCUCGGUGCAGAAUUGACCGGAACUUUGGAUAGUGAGAAUGACAUCGCGCUCUUUCGAGGAAUUCCAUUUGCUACUGUAGCCAAGCGUUGGACACAUAGUGAGACUACUCACUCGCUUCACCAGGCUUUCGAUGCUACCAAGCUUGGAUAUCGAUGUAGCCAGGGAAAUGGGAUCGUUCUUGUAUCGGGAGGCACUAACGAUCCCCUCCCCGGUGACGACGAGUUCAAGUGCCUCAAUCUCAAUAUCGCUGUUCCCAAGGAGUCUUUGGAGAGCUCUCAGCCGCUACCAGUUAUGGUUUGGAUUCAUGGAGGUGGGUUCGCCUUCGGUGCCAACUCUGUCGCUCGCUAUCGCCCUCAGGCGAUUGUCGCGCAUGCGCGCAAAUGUGGAACACCUGUCAUCUUGGUUUCGAUCAACUACCGACUCGGUGCAUUGGGCUUCGCCGCCUCCCGGGAUCUAGCUGAAGAGAGAAACGGCGGCUCAAAAACACAUCCAGUUGGAAAUUACGGGCUCAUCGACCAACGUAAUGCCUUGGAAUGGGUGAACCAGCACAUCCAAGACUUCGGUGGCGAUCCUUCCAAUAUCACUGUCUUCGGCGUGAGUGCUGGUAGUAUAAGCAUUCACUACCACCUACUUGCCGAACACGCCUUGUUUGAUCGUGCAAUCAUGAUGUCCGGCACCGCCCCUGUUCUAGGUCCGUUGUCAAUGGAACUCUAUGAGAAGGAGUGGAACCGCCUAUGUCAAAAGACUGCAGUGACAGCAUCAACUGCGUCUGAACGAUUGGAGCAGCUUCGCUCGUUGAGCACAGCGGAGGUUUUGCAAAAUUAUACUCCUGCCGCUAUGGGCCCCGUCGCAGAUGGCAAGCUCCUUCCAGAAGGCUGGACCUACGAGGACAGUGUCGCCAAUACUCGAUGCAAAGAGUUCAUUGUCGGUGAUACGAAUGUUGAAGCGAUUAUCUUCGAUGGUUUGCUCAAGCGUCUGCCCCAAGAACGGUUCCAUCAAUUGGUCGAUGGUGCGUUUUCACAGCAGGAUGCUGAAGAGCUUUAUUCCAAGUUCGGAUUCAGUCGCGAUACGCAGUCUGAAGAAGAUUUCCGCAAGGCCUUCAGGCUAUUGAUUGGGAAUACGUUGUUCAACUAUUCUCAUUUUGGUAUCGCUAAUGCGUCGAGGAAUUCUGAUGACUGGAAAGAUAAUGUCUAUCUUUAUCAUUGGGAGGAAACUUCGCCUUUUAAGGGUCCCACGUACGGGUACUCAUAUCAUGGUCUUUGUGCAAUGCUCAUGCAUCUUAAUGAGUUGUCGAACUGUCCGCCUGAGACCCAAAAGGUUUCUCUGGAAGCUGCUCGUAUCUGGACGGCCUUUGCGCAUGGGCAGAAGCCGUGGGAUGCGUACUCUAAAGACCAAAGGUUCAUGCGCUUUGGUCCGAAUGGCGAGUCUGGAAUGCAUAGCUUUGAAAGUGACAACACAAGAGACUAUGGCUUUCAGAACUGGCUGGGGGAGCAUAUUGGUGAGGUUGGAAAGUUUGUGCGGAAGCUCACGUUGAAUUUGGAAGAUAAUGAGGUCUAA